UUUUAUUUAUAUUUACAUGAAAAAUUCAGCGAAGUUCGGAGUUAAUUCAAAAUUACAUUGAAAUGAUAAAGAAAAUAAAUACUUACAUAUAUAAUGAAAACCUAAAAGACAUGUUUUACAGAGCAAAGCUGCACUAGCACUAAUAUCACGUUGAAAUUCCGCCAUUAAACGAAAAAUUGAACAAUUUAUCUUGUAACAGCAAAAAGUUUUAGUAGUCAUUAAUUAGCAUGAACUAGCAAUUAAAUAUUUUUCAAAUAUAACAAACAAAGUUAAAAAAAAUAUUGAAUUUUAAGUGAAACAAUGUGGCAAAUUAAGCAUCAUAAAAGGAAGAUAUUAGAUAGGAACAAAAUUCACCUUUAAUUUCUUUAGCUAGUGAACUCUUUAGUAGGGCGUUUAAAAUUUUUCAAGAUAUAGAUUAACAGAAACCAAUAUCGAAGGAUUUUACAAUAAAUAAUAUUGUAAAAGAGAAUCAAAUAUUACAAAAAAAGAUUUCCCAUUUUGAAAAGAUUUCCCAAUUUAACGAUGCCAUUUACUGUUGCCAAAUUUAAGUUAAAGAUAAAAUAUUUUUUGAAGUCAUUAUCGGCUUGUUUUUGUUUCAAUCAUACCUUUUUCUAUUUACAAUAGGCAGUAAGCUCCAAGCAAGCAAGAUAUUAUUUAAACAAAGUUUCAUAAACAGUUGGUCAAUCAACUCGAUCUCAACGCGCGAAAUUUAAGAAAAUUUUUUAUUUAAAUGUGUCUAAAAGAUGGUGCUAGACUAAAUAAAAUAUCAAGAAAUUAAUCUUAAAGAAAUUAGGACUUUAUAUUUGAGGUUUACAUAGAAGUAGAAUUCUGUGUCAUACUUAAUGCUUCAAAUCGAACUCGUUCAUCUCUUAACAUGAUUUGGAAUUGCUCCAUUUGUAUUAGUCGAUUGGAAGGAGUUAAAUCGUGUUCAUGCACUCCUUGUGGUCAUAUUUUUCAUUCGGAUUGCUUAAAAGGAUGGAUAACAACUUCACAGACCUGCCCCGAAUGCCGGAGAAAAGUUUCGCAUUAUAAUGCUAUUAAAUUAUAUCCGUUUGAAAAAUCUUUAGAUGUUACAUUAGAAAGCUCUACCUUGGAAUAUGAAUAUUUUGCUGCAAAGGAUGAAAUCAAGGAAAAAGGGGAGGAGAUAAAAUCUUUAAAAGCUAAAGUAGAAGAACUUAGUUUAUAUGUAGCAACAGCUGAGUCUCAAGCUGAAAACUUUCGGCAGCAAAAAAUGGAAUUAGAAAACAAAAUUCAAGUAGCUAAUUUGAGGUUGAAAAAAAUGAAUGAGCAAGAACAUCAAAUUCGAAAUUUAGAAAGGUCGCUGGUUCAUUCAAAUGCAGAGCUUGAAAUGUAUAAAAAUAUUAAAACUAUUGUUCAUGGCCAACAACAGGAAGUAGAUCAAAUAUUGCAUGAAGUGCAAGAGAAUGACAGUAAUGGCGAAAAAGAAAUUAAAAAAUUGGCUACUUAUUGUUCCAUUUUAAAACGCGAAUUUAACAACACUGUUUCCACUAAAAAUAAGUUAAAAGAUGAGGUAACAAGCUUGAAGAACAAAAAUUUUUCAAUUUCCCAAAAGCUUUUAAGAUUAAGACAAGAAAGAGACGCUUUAAAACAUCAAAUGCAACAGUUGGAAAAGGAAAAUUUAAAUAGUGGUUCGAAAAUGUGUUCCAAUUGCUCUUCAACUGGUGUUUCAAAUAGUGCCAGCAUGCAAAUUGGUAUUUCAGAUUCAAAUGUAUUUGCCUCUAAUUCUACUGAUUCACCUAUUUCUGUCAAUUUUGCUGAAAGUAAAAAGAAAAUUGACGUUAUGGUUUUGGAUGAUGACACAUAUUAUAAGAAGUUGCCUACUAGCUCUAAGUUCAUUAGUCGACGAGGUCAGGAUGGCAUUGCUACUAGAAUUGACUAUGGUAGCUGUUUUGGGCAAGCUCAACAAGAUCCCAAACUAGUGCGGCGUGUUAAAAUGAGAAAUAAUGAUAAUUUUAAAAAACAUUCCUUGCUAAAGAAUAUUGCUCGUAAAUGAAAUUAUAAUCAGAGUGGAAAAUUGUUUUAAUUUUCAAUAUUUACAGAGAUUUUUUUUAUAAAAGAAUACUGGUAGCAAUAUUAUACUUUUGUAUAUUAGAAAUUAUUUAAUGUUUCUUCCUCUCUUUUUUUUUCUCUAUUGCUAACUAAUUGUCUUAAAAUUCAAAUUUUUAAACUUAUCUAAGUUUUUGUAGAAGAUCUUUAUAAUGCAAACCUUUAAAUCUAAAACUUUUAAUUAUAUAGAAUCUUAUAUUAUAAAAAAAAUUUCCGAUAUCAUUAUGUUUAUUUAUAAAACUCUGCAGGACAGAUCAAUGUUUAAAUGCUUUAAAAUAAUUUUUUGAUGCAAAUUACUUAAAAACAUGCACUUAAGUAUUUGUUAUUUAUCAAAAAAAUAAAAAAUACUGAAACUACCUAGAGCAUCAGCAAAAAAAAUUAUCAAUUUAGGUUUGCUUUCUCACUUAUAACCUCUAAACGAGUAAUGUUUUUUGCAGCCUGUGAACUAUUAAGAGUUUUUAUUCAUUUUCAGAAAUUUCUACAAUAUAAAUUUUGUUAUUUACACAUAUAAAAUUAAUGUGUUUCACACAGAAUUGCAUCAUAUAGAUUUUUUACUAAACUAGUUAUUUCAGUGCAUUUUGAUUAGAAUGAUUGUAAUGUGCUUACAUAUCCUAUUUCAGUUUGAAAUAAUAGAAAUAAAAAACAUUUUUGUAGUACAAAAAUUUCAGAUAGAUAUUUCUGUAUUUUAAGAGGUCCUAGAAAAUUGUACCUAGUAUAGGAGCGAAAAUUUGAAAGUUACAAACUAGAAAUUCAGCAUUCAACUUUAUGUAAGUAACAUAAACAGGCUUAAUUUUAGGUAGUUAUUUGAAAUUGGUUCCCAUUUAAAUAUUUAUUACUAAAUGGUAUGAUGUUAUUUAUAGAACCUAUUAAUUAGUUAUAUUUACGAAAUAAAUAUUACAUAUUUAGAAUAAAGAAAAAAUGAUAUAAUCAAUCCUAAUAAAGCUAAAUUUCUUUGUAAAAAUAUGUAAUAAAAAAUUAACAAUUAGAAUAAUUAUACUUUGCGAAUUAUCAUACAAUAGCAAAUGAGUGCAUUCUAAUAUCAUUUAAGUAGACAAUAUCUGUUUCUAUGGGUACACUCUGCAAGCGUAAAAGCCAAAUUUUGUAAAAAGUAAGUAAAAAUAUUCAAAAUAUACUAAAUAUUGAAAUACUAAAAGAAUAAUAUGAUCCAUUAAUGUUUGAAAAAAAAACUAUAUUGUUGUCUUGUUAAUUUAAUCUAAGUCAGGGUGAUCUGAUAUUCUUAUUGGUUUUGAACCUUUCAUAUUGCUAAAAUAAACAAAUGUCUGUUAGGUAACAUAUUUUGAUAAUUUUUGUUAUAUAUGCUAUAAGAUUUUCUUAUUUGCUAUCGUAACAACUUUUGUUAUAUUUUUUAUUAGAUUGAAUUGCAGAUUAAAAUUAUAUUUUCAGUCAUUAGAGUUUGAAUAUCAGCCAAACAAAACGUUGAACAUGUUUAUUGUGAUUUUAAAUUCUUGUUUAGGAACAUUUUGAUUUUUACAACACAAAUUUUUUUUUUAAUCAGACUAUGUCUAAAAUAAACCAUGAUUUAAUUGGUGUCGAAGAUGAAAAUUAUUUACGAAAUUAUUUCCAAAUUUUUGGGAAAUUGGUAAAUAAAUUAAGGCUUUUACUUAAAGCAUGUUGAUAAUUCCUACUUCAUCAAUUGUUGAUCACUCACACUUUUAAUUUGCUAAGUUAUGUGCGAAAAAUAUUUUCUUUUUGAAAAAGACAUUAAAAAUUACAGCAUCAAUUUUUUUCUACAAAGUGUUAGAUUUGCUGUUCACGAACAAAACUAACGAAUGGUUAUUUAUUUUUAUUACUAAUAGUGCUGUGCUUCAAUUAAUUUUGGCAUUGUUAAAACAUUUUGAAAGAAAAAAAAGACAGCAUCAGGGCUGAUUGUGUUCCGGAAGAAAUCCGGAUUUCAGGAUUUUUAGCUCAGUGAUCCGGAAGUUUCCGGAGAUAGAAGGUUCACAAGCUUCAAAAAAUCAUUGAUCUCAAAAGUUUCCGGAAAUCAAAUUUUCAAAGGUUGAACUUAAAAACACAGUUUCUUUAAUUUGUAAAGGAGUGCCAGAUACUUUAUAAGCUUAUAUUCAAGAUUAAUAUUCAUUUUUUAUCACUAAAUAGUUACUAUGAUCAUAAAAUCAAGAAAGAAAAACAUAUUUGUAAAUUACUUCUCCUGGUCGACAUAGGUACUUGUAAAUGGUAUAGCUAUGUGUAAAAUUUUAAAUAUAUUUUAUGUAAACUAAGAAAUGUUGAGAAAAAGAAAAAAAAACUUGUUUAAACUUUUUUCGAUUUAAACUUCUUUUUUUUUUACUCAAGAAGUUUUCCGGAAUUUUGCAUAGGCUCACAAUCACCCCUGCAGCAUUGAAGAACUAAGUUUCAUAUAUUUUUGUACAUAUUUCUCAUUCAUAGUAUUUCUUUGAAUUAAUAAGGUUUAUUAACAUUAAUAUGAAUUUUUGUGAUUUAUGCAACAAAUCAAAGGCUUUGGAAAAUGUAAGGAUUUUUUUGAGAAAGAAUGUCAUUUAUCUAAAUAUUUAAAGUUAAAUAGUUAAAGUAAUAAACUCUCACAUAUAAGAAUGUCAUUUAUCUAAAUAUUUAAAGUAAAAUAUUUGUAAAAUGUUUGAACAAAUUAAUUUAUUUCUAAAGCUAUACACAUUAUCAAAUAUAAAAAUAUUUGCAUUUUCAAAGUUAUUUUGCCUUACAAUUGAUUUUUUUAUAUAAGCAUUUGACUUGGAUAUCAAAUCCUAUCUAUUCUGUAAUGAACUAGUUUAAUUUUUUAUAUGGAUUUUUUUAAUAAAAAUGUUUAUUUUAUGCAUUUGUGCAAUUAUUUUAUUUCAUUACUUAAACAUUUAUUUUAUUGAAAUCAAUAAUUGUGUUAUGAUUUAUGUCACUAUCAUUGAUAAAAUUUUUUAAUGUAUGUCUCUAAUAAUAAUUUUAGUUAAAUAUUUCUCCAAAUUUUUAAAAAAUUCUUACCUUUUGCUGAUAUUCAUUCAAUACUUUUUUUUAAAAAAUAAUGAUAGACAACACAAAUAAUUAGUAAGUAUGACCUAAUAAUAAAAUCUGGUAAUUUUUGUGCAGUUAUUUCUUCAUUGAUGUAAAAAGAAGUCCCUUUGUAAAAGAUUCUGUAUUAUCUUGUUAAUUUCUCUAAAGCUUUCAUUUUUAUCUAUCACACUUGAUCGACAAAUUGCAGUUUGUAAUUAUCCACAACUAAUUUUUAUCAAGAAUCAUUGAUUUUAUUUCUCAUCAAACAAAAUUAUUUUAAUAUUGACUUGACAAAUAAAAAAACAAUAUCUAGUUCUUUUUAUUUGACUGACAAGUAUGUAAUAUUUGUUACUAUUGUAGGAACUCAGUGACCUGAUUUUGGAUUGCAUGUAAUAAAUUGGUUGGUUCUUUGA